AUGGAAUACGUAUUCUUUGGCGGGCCAAUCUUGAGCACCACUGGCAUAAACGCAGAAAGGAAUGAGGUGGGCAAAAGAGUGCGCCCUGAGGGAAGGAGAGAUUCCAACUCCCACCAGCGGGACAUCCGUGGCGAGAAGGCUGGACAUGCUCCUUCUUGUUCGAGCCUAGGAAUUACUAGAAGAAACUUCUUUGUUGGCAAGUGA